AUAUUCCGUACUACCUCAUGUAAUUUUGAAAUCCAAUCUGUCACAAUUUAAUUUAACAGUUCUGUUUGUUUAUGUUUAUGCACCAAUUGUUACAUAAAGAUUGUAUUAUGCUGAUCUCAGUCAAUCAUCCAUUAUUGACAGAGCAAUGGUAAAUUCAUAUGAUGCACCAUCUAUGAUAGAAAAACUAAAGAGCAGGUUUAAAGCUUUUGACAUUCAACAUAACCGAUCUCUUGACAUUGAAUUCCCAGAAUCACUCUUUCGACAAGCCAGUGUCUUAAUCCCUUUACGAAUAGUGGAUGGUGAAUACAAUAUAAUUCUGACGGUGCGUUCCAAGCAGCUGAGGAACCAUGCAGGAAUCGUGGCCUUCCCAGGUGGUAUGAAGGAUGACACAGAUGCUGACCAUAUUCAUACAGCUCUUAGAGAAGCAGAGGAGGAAAUUGGCUUGCCACCGGAGGACGUAGAAGUGAUUGCAGUACUCAGUCCUGGAAUUACGAAGCCUAACUCAGUUGUGUAUCCUGUUAUUGGAAUUGUUAAGUCCGAUUUUCAGGCUAGACGUAAUGAAAGUGAAGUUGAAUUGGUGUUUGAACUGCCGCUAAGGAGAUUCUUGUCAAGUGACAGGAUGCGUGUGGAGGACUUCAUUUCUCCGAUCAAGGCUACAUAUCAUGUUCACCAUUUUGUGGAUACAGUUCAGGGUGAAUCGGUGGACACUUGGGGUUUUACAGCAAUAUUUUGUGUCAUGACAGCCUUAUGUGUUUAUCAGAGUGACCAAAGUUUCUGCUUUUAUGAACAAACUCAAGUGAACAAAGAUACUGUAUUUGAUCCAGGAAUGACGCGUCAUAUGCUUCAACAGAUGUUAAAAUUAGAAGCAAAACUAUGAAUAUGAUUGUUUAUGUUAGGUGUACAUGUUUUUUUUGUUAAGUUAUAUAUAUUUUUCUUCAUUGCUAUCUUGUACUUAAUAAGAUUAAUAACUGUUAUAAGAAAAAGGCUAUGUGUACUAGAACUUGGUCUCUAUUCUGAAUGCUUUUAAUGCUUUAAAUAUUGAAAAGUGUACAAUUUAUUUUUAAAAACAUGUUAUAUUUUAAAAACAUGUUAUACAAACAUAAUGUAAUUGAUAGCACUGUUGUAAUUUGCUACAUAAUGUAUAAUUCUUGAAUUAUUUUAUAAAGUCUGGACUGGUGGAAAAGUAUAAAUAAUGUUUGCUAUUAACUUCAGACAUCCGCUAUAUAGUCUUUGUUGAACAUGUCUAUUUAAUGCAGGGUGGAUUUUUCUCAAAAUGUCAAAGCUGAAUGACCUAAUGUGUUGGUGAUUGGUAUGAAGGAAUUCUGGCUUUGAUCAAAUUUUGAAUUCACAUUAUUGUAUAUGUACCUUAAAAUCAUGUGAUUGCUUAUGGUUACCUGUCUGCUGUAUUGUGAGCAUCUAAAUAGUUCUCUGAAUUGAUUAUAAUGAUGUCUGGUUUUGGUUUGUGCAAAAACAUUGCCGUCAGGGGGCAGGGAAAAUGUCCUAAUAUGGCUAUACUGAAACCUUAUUAACACAUUAGAAGUCACAUUAUUAGCUCAAUCUUCAUGACACAUUGUCAGAUCAGUUGUUUAAAUGAGGUCUCUGCUGAGAUUAAAAUGGUUCCGGUCUGUUGAAAAGUUCGGCCAAUAGGGGCAGGGCAGUUUUCCUUAUAUCCCUUCAGUGAAACCGUGUUAACACACUAGAAGAAACAUUCUUUCUCCAAUCUUGAUGAAACUAAGUCAGAGCAUUUGUUCUAAUGAUAUCUUUGCCAGAGUUUGAAAAUGGUUACGGACUGCUGAAAGGCAUGGCCACAAGGGAGCGGAGCAGUUUUGUUUAUAUGGCUAUAGUGAAACCUUGUUAAUAUUCUAGAAAUCACAUUUUUAGUUCAAUGCUAAUGAAAUUUGAUCAGAAUAUUUGUUAACUGAUAUCUGGGCCAAGAUCUGUAUCUGUAUCCAUUUAAAAAGUAAGGCGACCAGGGGUUGUGGCAGUUUUCCUUAUAUGGAUAAAGUGAAGCCUUGUUAACACUCUAGGGGUCCAAUCUUCAUGAAACUUGGUCAGAACAUCAAACUAAUAAUAACUCUGCCGUGUUUGAAACUGGGUUAUGUGAGGUAAAAAAAAACUUAUAAACACUCUGAAAGUCACAUUUAAAGUCAAAUUUGCACAAAACUUGGCCAGCAAAUUUGUUCUAAUCAUAUAUUAACUGAGUUUGAAAUACAAAUGUGCCUAGAAAUUAAAUGUUAAUAAUUUUA